AUGACAAAAAGGGAUAUAGAUUUAGUCGAUAAUUCUGAUUGGAUUAAAGGAAGAAACAAAACUGGGACACUCUAUUCGCGUGAUCCUGAUGUAGACCCACCAGCAACACUAAUAGAGCGGUUUUGGUACGGACUGUACAAGAUAGUAAAAUGGAUAGAAAGUGAAGAAUGUAUAUUCGCUGUUAAAACCGCAGGUGGAUUUGUAUUGCUUUCGCUUCCUGCGUACUUACCACAAAGUGCAGGUUGGUUCUUUAACUGGAAGGGACAGUGGGCUACGAUCACUUUAAUGAUGUGGGCGAUUCCUUUGACAGGACAAUUCUAUUUCACUGUUGUUUUAAGAGUGAUUGCAACUGUUAUCGGUGGAGUAAUGGGUAUUGUCAUAUGGGAAAUCGUUAGAGGUAAUCCAUAUGGCCUCACGAUUCUUACGUUCGUCGUUAUGCUACCUGUAUACCAUAUUUUCUUUACCAGAGAGGUUUUAAGAAUGGGCACCAUUAUGGUGCAGAUUACUUUAGUACUAGUUACUUGUUACGAAUAUCAAGGUGUUGCGUCUGGUACAGCUACUGACUCAGUUGAAUCCGUUGCAGGAAAGCGUAUUUUACUAGUAGUAAUUGGCGUCGCUGCUGCUGCUGUUUUGGCUUGGUUACCAAAGUCAAUCACUGGAAGAGUGGCUUUGAGAAAACGCAUAUCCCAGACACUACACGAUAUGAGUAAACUUUAUGGUUUGCUUGUUGGUGAUAUUUUACAUACAAUGACUGAUAGUGAACCUACAACAAACCAACUAAAAGCUUUCCGUAAGCUUGCCUACGAUAUCCGUCGUCAAAUUGCGGACGAGCGAACCUAUUUAAAGUUGACAAGGUUGGAACCACCAUUACGUGGUAAAUUCCCAUAUAAAAUUUAUGCCACAUUAGUCGAAAAGAUAGACAAUAUGUCAGAUUUACUUCAAGGCAUGGGUUUCUCAACGAGACAUACAGAUAAAGCUUGGAAAAGGAGUAUCGUCAAAGUUAUCCACGAAGAAAGAAUGCAAUAUAUCGCUUUCGUUCUGACCACUUUGAAAUUACUCUCAACGGCUUUGGUCUCGAAAAUUUCACUGCCACCGUACAUGAUAAGGCCUCGACAAAUGAGGCGAAAGCUCAAUGAAAGAUUAAGCUCAGUCAUAAGAGAGUGCCCAGAGCAUAUGGACAGCGAUUCCUUUCCUAGUUACUGUGCAUUUGCAGUCUGUUCAUUCAAAUUUGCAGAAGAGUUGGAAGAGGUGAUCGACUGCGUUGAAAAGCUGGUUGGUGUAGAAGAUCCGGAAAAAUGGUUACUCAUCAAUGCAUAA